CACCCCCCGCGCGCGCACACGCUCGCCCGGGGGACGGAGCCCCAGCCUCCUGAGCAGCUCUCCUCGGCCGCCGGGGGCCUCCUCCGGGCCUCCAAGCUCCCCGGAUCGCCGGCCACAUCUGGCCGGCACCUCUGCCCGGCGCGCUCCGGGCGGCGCAGGCAUCCUGAGAGGGCGACGAGUCCAGGCACAGCCCGCGGUCCCCGAGGCUCGGUUCGCGGCGCCCCAGGGGCCGGUCUAUGACGAGCGACGGGAGCCACCAUGGGUCGGGGGCUGCUCCGGGGCCUGUGGCCGCUGCACAUCGUCCUGUGGACGCGCAUUGCCAGCACGAUCCCGCCGCACGUUCCCAAGUCGGAUGUGGAAAUGGAGGCCCAGAAAGAUGCACCCAUCCACCUAAGCUGUAAUAGGACCAUCCAUCCACUGAAACAUUUUAACAGUGACGUGAUGACCAAUGACAACAGCGGUGCAGUAAAGCUUCCACAGCUGUGCAAGUUUUGUGACGUGCGAUCGUCCACUUGUGACAACCAGAAGUCCUGCAUGAGCAACUGCAGCAUCACGGCCAUCUGUGAGAAGCCGCAUGAAGUCUGCGUGGCCGUGUGGAGGAAGAAUGAUGAGAACAUUACACUGGAGACAGUUUGCCAUGACCCCUCGCUCACUUAUCACGGGUUUACCCUGGAAGAUGCUACUUCUCCGAAGUGUAUAAUGAAGGAAAAGAAAAGGGCGGGUGAGACGUUCUUCAUGUGCGCCUGCAACAUGGAAGAGUGCAAUGACCACAUCAUCUUUGUCGAAGAUUACACCACCAGCAGUCCCGACCUGCUGCUGGUCAUCAUUCAGGUGACCGGCGUCAGCCUCCUGCCUCCACUGGGGAUUGCCAUAGCCGUCAUCAUCAUCUUCUACUGCUACCGCGUCCACCGGCAGCAGAAGCUGAGCCCUGCCUGGGAGAGCAACAAACCUCGGAAGCUCAUGGAGUUCAGCGACAACUGCGCCAUCAUCCUGGAGGACGACCGCUCCGACAUCAGCUCCACGUGCGCCAACAACAUCAACCACAACACGGAGCUGCUGCCCAUCGAGCUGGACACGCUGGUGGGGAAGGGCCGCUUUGCGGAGGUCUACAAGGCCAAGCUGAAGCAGAACACCUCCGAGCAGUUCGAGACCGUGGCUGUCAAGAUCUUCCCGUAUGAGGAAUACUCUUCGUGGAAAACGGAGAAGGACAUCUUCUCGGACAUCAACCUGAAACAUGAGAACAUCCUGCAGUUCCUCACGGCCGAGGAGAGGAAGACGGAGCUGGGCAAGCAGUACUGGCUGAUAACGGCCUUCCAUGCCAAGGGAAACCUGCAGGAGUACCUCACGAGGCAUGUCAUCAGCUGGGAGGACCUGAGGAAGCUGGGCAGCUCCCUGGCGCGGGGCAUCGCUCACCUCCACAGCGACCACACUCCGUGUGGGAGGCCCAAGAUGCCCAUCGUUCACAGGGACCUCAAGAGCUCCAACAUCCUAGUGAAGAAUGACUUGACCUGCUGCCUGUGUGACUUCGGGCUGUCCUUGCGCCUGGACCCUGCUCUGUCCGUCGAUGACCUGGCCAACAGCGGGCAGGUGGGAACCGCAAGAUACAUGGCCCCGGAAGUUCUAGAAUCCAGGAUGAAUUUGGAAAACGUGGAGUCCUUCAAGCAGACAGACGUCUACUCCAUGGCUCUGGUACUCUGGGAAAUGACAUCCCGCUGCAACGCUGUGGGAGAAGUGAAAGAGUAUGAACCCCCGUUUGGUUCCAAGGUGCGGGAGCACCCCUGUGUGGAGAGCAUGAAGGACAAUGUCCUGAGGGACCGAGGACGGCCAGAAAUCCCCAGCUUCUGGCUCAACCACCAGGGCAUCCAGAUUGUGUGUGAGACGCUGACCGAGUGCUGGGACCAUGACCCUGAGGCCCGCCUCACAGCCCAGUGUGUGGCUGAGCGCUUCAGUGAGCUGGAGCACCCAGAUAGGCUCUCUGGGAGGAGCUGCUCCCAGGAGAAGAUUCCAGAAGAUGGCUCCCUGAACACUACCAAAUAGCUUUUUCCGGGCAGACGGGGCCAAGCCUCUAGAAGCUGUCCUCAAAACCAAAGACCAGAGGCACCAGAAUGCUUUUCUGACUGAUGCUUCUCCAAAACCAAGGACUUGCUCCAUUCUUCCCCAGUAGCUGUUCCAUGUUCAGAAACAGCAGCAGCAGCAGCAGCAGCAGCAGCAGCAGCAGCAGCA